AUGAGUGUGGUCGGGGCGCACCGCUACAGCAUUGUGUCCUCGGAGGAAGAAGGUCUGCGUCUCGGUGCCAUGCCUUCCGUCACAAUGGGCAACGGCUUCGGUAACGGCAAGAUCCACACGACGCGCCACAAGUGCCGCAGCCGCUUCGUGAACAAGAACGGCCAGUGCAAUGUGCACUUCUCACACAUGGACGAGAAGUCGCAGCGCUACAUGUCGGACAUCUUCACCACGUGCGUGGACAUCCGCUGGCGCUGGAUGUUCCUGAUGUUCACACUGGUGUUCGUGGUGUCCUGGCUGGCAUUCGGCCUGGCCUUCUGGGUCAUCGCUUUGCUUCACGGAGAUAUGGACAACCAGGGUGGUGGAGACGAUAACUUCACCCCCUGCGUCCUGCAGGUCAACAGCUUUGUGGCCGCCUUCCUGUUCUCCGUGGAGACACAGACCACCAUUGGUUAUGGCUUUCGCUGCGUGACGGAGGAGUGCCCCUCAGCCGUCUUCAUGGUGGUCUUCCAAUCCAUUUUCGGCUGCAUCAUCGACUCCUUCAUGAUCGGUGCCAUCUUAGCCAAGAUGGCGCGGCCUAAGAAGCGUGCAGAGACGCUACUGUUCAGCAACAAUGCAGUGAUCGCCAUGCGGGAUGGGAAGCUGAGCCUUAUGUGGAGGGUGGGUAACCUGAGGAAGAGCCACAUGGUGGAGGCCCAUGUCCGGGCCCAGCUCAUCAAGCCCCGCAUCACAGAGGAGGGUGAGUACAUCCCCCUGGACCAGAUCGACAUCAACGUAGGGUAUGACACGGGCAUUGACCGCAUCUUCCUGGUCUCUCCGCUCACCAUUGUGCACGAGAUCGAUGAGGAGAGCCCCCUGUUUGGCAUCAGCAAGCAGGACCUGGAGUUGUCCGACUUUGAGAUAGUGGUGAUACUUGAAGGGAUGGUGGAAGCCACAGCCAUGACAGCGCAAGCUCGCAGCUCCUACCUGUCCUCAGAGAUUCUGUGGGGUCACCGCUUCGAGCCUGUCGUCUUCGAGGAGAAGAGCCAGUACAAAGUGGAUUACGCUCACUUCCACAAAACCUUUGAGGUGCCAUCCACCCCCCAGUGCAGUGCCAAGGACAUGGCGGAGAUGGAGGAUGAGGACAAGGAUCCUACGCCCACCGCCAACACUUUCUGCUAUGAGAAUGAGCUGGCUUUCAUCAGCCAGGACGAGGAAGAGGAUGAGGAGGGGGAGGAGGAUGGGGACAGGGUGCCAGAGCUGGAGAGACUGCAGGCCACCGUCAGCCUAGACCAGAGGUCAUAUCGUAGAGAAUCAGAGAUAUGA